AUGGCUCAUACUUUGACGCAGUUACCACCUGCGUUUGUUGCUGGUUCUCAUGAUAUACGGAUAAAAAAUUCACUGUUUAAUGGGCCAAUGACGCCUCAUAUGAAGAUCCAACAUUUGAACCUGACUUUCAGGGCUUUAACCUUAUCAUUAAUAUUAGAUGUAUCGUUAUUGUGGCAGAAUUCAAACUCAAGUCUCGUAGAAUCUGACUUGAUCAAAUUAGGAAAACAGAUCUACAGUCCGCGGGCUUUUAUGUCAAGAAACAUUGAAGAAUUACAUUUGUCACCUGCCUUCAUUUAUAAGCUUAUUCAAGUUAAAAAUAUCACUCUUGAAAAUGUAAAAAAGCAGAAGAGUGCAUUAUAA